CCUGGGAAUAGUGUGUAUAUGUUAUCUGGAAGCUGAAAGAUAGCUCUCCCCCUAUCCGAGCCAGCUGCCGGCCCCUUCACUGGCUUUUUUGCUUGUAAGGAAGAGAAAGCUGCGGAAGAAGCAGGCACUGGGGUUGGCUCUUUCUAAGCUCUUGUGAUUGCAAAGAGGGAGGAGGAUCAUCAGCAGCAGCAGCAACAGCAGCUCUAGACCAUUUAAACCAAGGAGACACCAAAGGGUUGUGCCAGGCUGAGUGUUGCUUAUUCUAAGACAUUCUGACACAAGCAAAUAAAAAUAAUAAAGAAGAAGAGGUCACCCCUGCAGGAAAUGCAGGGCAAAAAAAACAGGAGCUCUGGAGGAAGGAGUGGGGAUGUUCAAGGGGAUGAGGCACAGAGGAAAAAGAAGAAAAAGAAGACAUCCUGCUUUUUAAACAUCAAGAUCUUCCUGGUGUCUGAGUGUGCCCUGAUGCUGGCACAAGGCACUGUAGGAGCUUACCUGGUCAGUGUGCUGACAACCUUGGAACGAAGGUUUAACCUGCAGAGUGCUGAUGUAGGAGUGAUCGCCAGUAGCUUUGAGAUCGGGAACUUGGCUCUUAUUCUGUUUGUGAGUUACUUUGGAGCCCGUGGACACAGGCCUCGCUUAAUUGGAUGUGGAGGCAUAGUAAUGGCCUUGGGGGCCUUUCUUUCAGCCCUGCCUGAAUUUCUGACACACCAAUAUGAAUAUGAAUCUGGUGAGAUUCGAUGGGGAGCAGAAGGAAGAGACUUUUGCGUAGUUAACAAUACCUCCAAUGAAGACAUUCCUGAUCCAGAUAUUAUAUGCAGGAAUACUGCUACUACCAACAUGAUGUACCUGCUUCUUAUUGGAGCACAGGUUCUACUGGGAAUUGGUGCUACUCCUGUGCAACCACUCGGAGUAUCGUACAUAGAUGACCAUGUGCGACGGAAAGAUUCCUCUCUUUACAUAGGUAUCUUGUUUACCAUGCUGGUAUUUGGACCAGCCUGUGGGUUUAUCUUGGGGUCUUUCUGUACCAAGAUUUACGUUGAUGCUUUACUUGCCGACACAAGUAAACUGGAAAUCACUCCAGAAGACCCACGAUGGAUUGGAGCGUGGUGGGCGGGGUUCCUGCUUUGUGGUGCCUUACUCUUCUUCUCGUCCCUCCUGAUGUUUGGAUUCCCACAGUCUCUCUCUACUCACAUGGAUCACUCUGAGGAGAGUGAGCAGACCAUGCUACCUGACCGAGAGUAUGAGCCACCAAAACCAAGCAAUGGUGUGCUGAGGCAUUCCUCAGAGUCGGGGGAUGGAAUGUCCUGCUUUCAACAGCUCAGAGUCAUUCCGAAAGUCACAAAGCACCUGCUAUCCAACCCUGUAUUCACCUGCAUCGUCCUUGCAGCCUGCAUGGAGAUUGCCGUGGUCGCUGGCUUUGCAGCAUUCCUGGGAAAAUACCUAGAGCAACAAUUUAACUUGACAACUUCAUCUGCCAAUCAGCUGCUAGGAAUGACAGCAAUACCGUGUGCGUGCCUGGGCAUUUUCUUGGGCGGACUUCUUGUGAAGAAACUAAGCUUGUCUGCUCUGGGUGCAAUCAGAAUGGCCAUGUUGGUAAACCUGGUGUCCACGGCUUGUUAUGUGUCCUUCCUCUUCCUCGGCUGUGAUACAGGUCCUGUAGCUGGGGUGACUGUUCCCUAUGGAAACAUGUCUUCUUCAGGGUCCUCACUGAAUCGCUCCCCUCCCUGCAAUAAUGGCUGUGAGUGUCAUAAUGAUUCGUUCAGCCCUGUUUGUGGAGCUGAUGGAAUCACUUACAUGUCUGCCUGCUAUGCUGGCUGCACAAAGACGAAUCUGACUGGCUGCUCGUGUAUCACAUCUGUCCCAGUGGAGAAUGCCACCGUAGUUCCUGGAAAAUGUCCCAGCCCUGGAUGUCAGGAGGCUUUUCUCACAUUCCUGUGUGUGAUGUGUGUUUGCAGCAUGAUUGGAGCAAUGGCCCAGACUCCGUCUGUUAUCAUCCUUAUCAGGGCAGUAAGUCCGGAACUCAAGUCAUAUGCGCUGGGAGUUCUGUUUCUUCUGCUGCGUUUGAUUGGCUUCAUCCCUCCACCUUUGAUAUUUGGAGCUGGGAUCGAUUCCACCUGUCUCUACUGGAGCACAUUCUGCGGGGAGCAGGGAGCCUGUGCAUUGUAUGAUAAUGUUGCCUACAGAUACCUUUAUGUCAGCAUUGCUAUAACUUUGAAGUCAUUAGCGUUUAUCCUUUAUACCACAACAUGGCAAUGCCUGAGGAAAAACUAUAAGAGAUACAUAAAAAACCAUGAGGGAGGGCUCAGUACAAGUGAAUAUUUUGCCUCAACGUUGACCUUAGAUAACCUUGGCCGAGACUCUAUUUCUCAAAAUAAACCUAAAAGGACAAAAUUCAUCUAUAACCUUGAAGACCAUGAAUGGUGUGAAAAUAUGGAAUCCGUUUUAUAGUAAAAGAUGGAUGGCCUGACUCUAUCCAUUGUCCACAAGAGAUAUUAUUUAUUUUUUAAAGGGAAAAAAAUAUAUAAUUUUAUUUCUUUCGAUCGGACCUUGGACAGUACUUGGUUUACUGAACUACGGGAUGAUCUUUGGAAGGAAUGAAAGAGAUGCAGCUGUUCAUUCUCAGGCAUGAUCUGAUCUUCCGGCAGGAUGGAUACUGCAGCAAGCUGCACGGCUUGUUUUUAAUGUAAAGCACUACAGACUCACAACAGUGGUUGAGAAACUAAAGCGAGCUGGCAAGGUACCAGCAUAGAAUUUAGUGACACCACACAAUGCUAUAUUUUGAUUGAUACAAACGCAAACCCAUUUGCUGGGUAAUGGCUGACAGCACACUAUGAAUGCACUUCAAAAUCAGCCCUAUCGCUGUGAAUGGCAGAAAGAUCUAGGCUUUAAUAAAUCCUAAUCAACAUAAUGGCUUUCAAGACAUGAACAGAUCAAGUUUGUUCAUUCUUUAAUUUUUUUUUUUUUUUUGCCAGACCAUUGAUUGAAAUGUAACCCUGCAUUGUCAUUAAGGCUUGUAUCCCAUUAAUAAUCCCGGUAACGGUUCAUGGCACUCUUUUCAGUAGAGUGUGAUACUGACCUCCCUUUGUCCUGGAAGAUUUCAGACUUUCUAAAGUAUAAUUAAUAGGGAGGAAACCUUCCCAACAAAGGAGACAGCUUCAAGCCUUACUAAGGAGAUACCUUUAAUAUUCUGUAUGAAUGUACAGGUUUUGAGCUGAUGCUCUCGCAAUGUACACACAACCAUUUGAUGUAUUGUACAUCAAAGCACCUUUUCCUAUUACGUAACUUACGGUUAUACGUCAUAUGUAUGUAUUUCCAGGUUCAAUGGCAUUUGACUGACAACUGAUCCUCUAAUGAUGAAGAUGUGGGACAUUGAUAAAACUAAUCAGAUUCUAAACAUCUUUUUUCUAGUGCAGUUUAGAAUAUGACAGCAAGCAUCCCAUUGGUUGCUGUGGGUUGUAGCCACUUCCUUGCACACUACUUGUGCACCGGUUUUCCUAAUCUAUUCACAUGAAUGGGACUGGGAAACUGCAUGUACAGUAUAGAAAUAUUUAUUUUCUCCAUCCACCAUUUGCAAUCUCUAGUGUAUACCAGUCCAAACAUUGUUGUGGUAUAAAUCGGGUCUCUGCGCACCUCGCAGGAAGAAGGCGUGGCAUCAUGGCACCCCCAUUUCAAUCACUGUAGGUGUGUGCCCAACACUCUUCAAUAUAUUGGCUGCCCCCAUGCUCUCCCUGCACCGUGAAAAGAUGUUGUGUGCAUUGCACAGUAUCUAUUUACCUGCUGCUCUGUGGUCACAGCGCUCCACCCCAACUCCCCCACUGCGGACCACAGGUGGAACAGCGAGACAGUCCCCAAAAAACUGGACUGUCCCACUGAAAGCGGGAGAGUUGGGAGGCAUGUUAAAGUGUAUUUGCCUACUCUCUCAGAAUUUCCGUGAGACGUCUGAAUUUUCAGAGGACUCUGAAGAGAGUAGACUAGUCUCCCAGAUCCACCUACUUCCACAGAGAAGGGGGCAUGUGGGGGUUUAAUAAUGUACUGAAUUGCAUUGUUGUGGCAUCACACCUCCAUGCAUAGACACUGCUGCGAACCACAUCAUUGUACAGCAGGUGACUAGGGCCAUAAUCCUGUGAUUCAUGGCAACACAUCCUGUACCUCCCAUGUAGGAUCCCUCUCCAGGCAUUGUAAACAGUAUACCUCAAUAGGAAAAGCAGCAAAAUAGAGCAAAGAAUUGCAGCCAUCUUACUUAACUGUAUAACUAGGUCAAGAUAAUAUGAUGUAAACAGAUAUAUAUAUAUAUAUAUAUAUAUAUAUCUUGUUAUUUGCUGGAAGACUUUUGAAUUGGUAGCUAUAACUGGGGUUUGUCCAAUCAGCAGCAUUGAACAUUGGUGAUCAUUCAAUAUAGCCUAUAUUCUAAUUUAACCAGCCUUUGGUUAUUAGAAGAAAACAGUACUGACCAUGUUUGAGGUAAGUAGCUACCAAAGCACAGAUAUUCCAUGCACCAAACUUCUACAUCAUGCAUUGUUUUGCACCUACGGUUUUUUUCCAUUUACUGUGGGGCAUAUGUACUAAGCCUUGGAGACUGUUAAAGUAGAGAUAGAUAAACUACUAACCGAUCAGCUCCUGUCAUUUUUCAAACACAACCUGUAACGUGGCAGUUAGGUGCUGAUUGGCUGGUACUUUAGCUCUUUUUACUUUAUCACUCUUUAAGGCUUAGUACUGUAGCCCCAUAGUACAUUUCUAUGUGGUUGUAUAUAACAACAUGACGGUUGCGGGGACUGCAAAAUGACAGAUCGAAGCGAGUUACAAAACCGCUGUAUAGUCAAGUGAAUACAGCCACAAUGAUCCCUUACCCUCCUGUCAUUAGAGAUUAAUGAGGCUACAUAUAAACAAAGCACUGCUCCACAAGUAAUAGUAGGAAGGAAUUAAAACUGAGCAUUUCGAUCACAUAAUUAUAAUGCAAAGCAUUUCCAACGAGGCACUACCCAAACAUACAGUGGGCUCCUUGGUAUGAAAGGAUAACAUUCAUCAAACUACUGUAACUUUAUUUCUAUCUGCAUUUAAGUGAAAUGGCUGUUCUGGUAGGCUUUGCUUCUACAAUGGACAAUAAUUAUAAAUGGAGAAAGAACGGCAUUGGUGGUAUGAGAAAUGAAAUCUCUAAUUGCAAUAGUUUAUUUUCCUGGGCGCUCCCCACAGUAACUAGGAUUGACGCUGCACCAACUAGUAGAUAAUUAUAAUCAUAUGUUUUUGUUCUCUGAUCUUCAAGCAAAUGGUUAUCCAUUUUUGUGUUAAAUCUAUAGCGCCAAUUAAGUUAGAGAAUUUGCCCACUUUCUGCUGCCUUGUGAAGCAUGAAGUGUUGAUUGUUUAACCAAUGUAUCAGUCACUGGCAGGCCUUGCCAACCUGUGGCUCUCCAGCUGUUGUGAAACGACACAUCCCAGCAUGCCU